AUGUUCGCUUCACGUUCACUCAACUUCGGAAAUUUAAUUCGCGCGGCAGGAGCCACCCGUUUUAAACACACCUUACCUGAUCUGCCCUAUGAGUACAGCGCAUUAGAGCCUGUUAUCAGCAGAGAAAUAAUGAGCCUUCAUCAUAGCAAACAUCAUGCUACAUAUGUGAACAAUUUAAACGCUGCUGAGGAGAAACUAGCUCAGGCACAGGCAAAAGGGGACAUCGAAACAAUAAUAAGUUUGCAACCUGCUCUCAAAUUCAAUGGUGGAGGUCACAUCAACCAUACUAUUUUUUGGCAGAACCUUUCACCAAAAACCAGCAAACCUACUGAUCUACUCGUCAAAGCUAUUGAAAAGGACUUUGGAUCAUUGGAAAACAUGAAAAAUCAACUUGCAACAGCAUCUGUAGGUGUACAGGGCUCUGGCUGGGGCUGGCUUAGUUAUAACAAGCAAAUGAAGAAGCUUCAGAUAACAACCUGUCAGAACCAGGAUCCCUUGCAGGCAACCACCGGAUUAGUACCUUUAUUUGGAAUCGAUGUUUGGGAGCAUGCUUAUUACUUGCAAUAUAAAAAUGUACGUGCCGACUAUGUGAAAGCUAUAUUUGACGUCGCAAACUGGCAAGAUAUUUCAGCAAGAUAUGAGAAUGCUUUAAAGUAA